AUGGAUGGGUCCAGACUGCGACAGUCUUGGUACAACGCCUUAAAUGGCGCUGAAACCCACUUCCGCCAACUUCUAACCUCCUCCUCAUCUGCUGAAUGGAAGAGACUCUCUGGCUCAAGCGACCCUUCGGCGGGAAGGAAAGGAAAGGGUCGGAUGAGCGGACUUCCAGAGUUAGCAGAUGUGGUUGUCCACCGUAAUUCGACGAAACUUGGAGGCGACGUGUACAGACUUGUCUUGGAUGUCCCAACUGGCGACGACACAGUGUCGCUCGAACCAUGGAAAGCAGUUCUCACGACGCCAGAGAUGAGGCAGGAAUGGGAUCCAGCAGUUGAAGAUGCCCACCUGGUCGAAAUAUUCGACCAUAACACGCGCAUCUGUAAGACCAACUUCACCUUGGGCUGGCCUGCAAAUCCUCGAGAUGCAGUCACCAUCUCGCGUUCCUUUCAUGACGCUUCGACCUUCAUUGACAUUUCAACCUCUCUACCUCGUUCUGCCGACGAACCAGCAUACCUUAGGCCAUCUCCACCAUAUGUUAGAUCCCACGUAACUUUGUUUGCGUGGUGCAUUCAAUAUUUGAGUCCUCCUCCUCCACCUAGUGGAGAACUACCACCAAAGAAGCGAAAUAAUACUGGAGGACGACUUCGAGUAACGUGUUUCUCUCAACACGACCUUCGCGCCGCUUGGAGCAUUGGCACUUCUUCAGGAGUUUUGCAGCAACUAUCCACUAUGGCUCUUGGUCUGUUUCAAACGGUCAUGAAACGAGGCCUUCGGAUACCCAAGAUCACUGGCUAUGGAAAUGGAGUGGCGAUAGACCGGGUCCGCUUCCAGGUUGACCGCGAAGCACUCACAAUUGACUACGCCAUAAUACCAGAAGAGGACGAACAUGGACCAACAUCACAAGGAAUAGAUGAAUUGCAUGCCUUGCGAGAAGGCAGGCGGCUACGACGAUCUAUUGAGUGUGUUUUACCUGCAACUCAAGGCUGGGAUGUGCAAGUGUCGACCAAGGCAUCCUCUGAUGAAGUCCAACAACUCCCCUGGUCUGUGCGCGCAAUACGCAGCAGCUCAUUACCUUCAUCCACCGACGAUUCAAUAUCACUCGAUCAGAUUGUCGUACGCCUUACACACGCACCGUUAAUAGACGAACACUCUAUUCUCAAAGUCAGAGUUGUCGUCGAAAUAUCAGGCCCCAUGGCAGGUUUGCGCCUCAAUGGCCUACCUCAGACCAUACAAGAUGUCGAGGAACGUGACCCGUCCUUAUAUUUCAUCUCGCAGCAGAUUCUUCAAGACGUUUCGAGUACUGCUGAUCUUAGCUUCAACGCAAGCUCCUCGUUACAUUCUGGGAGCAGCAUCAGAUCGACUUCCUCUGCUCCCUCAAUACCUCGGCCUCCAACAGAGAGGUCCGCGGCAGCGGAAAAAUCUAUUCUAUCACGGGUGAAGAGGAAUUACAUCUAUUUCUCCUCGCUUCUUCAAGAACCUGAGGCAAAAUGGAGGCGAACUACGGAAGCGAAAGGGGUAUCUGUUUCUCAGCUUGACUCCAUCGACCCAACUCUGGUUGUCUAUCGGGCAGAAGCUACAUUCGUCGGAGUCGGUUUAUGGGAUCUCUACGGCGCCAUAGUCUCUCCCGGGGCAAAAGUAUAUUGGGACAAGCAACACGAAGACGCUGUUCUUUUGGAAGAUGUCAAUGAUCUGACUGAACUGUGGCAUAUGAAAACUAAGCCUGCGUGGCCCGUCAAUGGACGAGACUCUGUUGUCUUAAGAACCGUUUACAAAUCACCAACGACUAUCCACGUAUUCGCGUUUUCUGCCGACGAUCCUCAUCUUUUCCCAAACAUCCCUCCAGCGGACCCCACAGUAAUUCGAACGCAAAUCGAUCUUCAAGGAUGGGCCAUUGAGACCCUUUCACCGACUACUACAUUGCUGACGCUGUUGGAGCAAUCUGAUCCCAAGGGCUGGACCAAUAAGACCUCUAUUCCGAACCUGAUGAUCAGUACUCUAGCAGGCAUUGGCGAGUUCGCUAUUAAAUGUGGUGGUCCGCCAUUCAUCACGCGGCUGGCUGGUGCGAAGGCCAAUGAGAUACGGUACGAUCACGAAAAGAGCAGCUUCAAAAUUGAGUACGAAUCGGCCACAACUCGACAACCCUCCACUUCAAGCUCAGAGUCAUCUACCAACUUGAUAGGGGCUUCAGGACUGCCCGUUAUCGAAUGCGAGUUACGAUGUGACAUGGACACAUGGGCUCCUUCGCUCGAUAUCGUCGUCGAUCCGCCACCACAGUCUAUUUCGUGCCUACGCCGUCAUCGACUUUCAACAGAAGGCGGUGGAUUGUGGUUAACCUUGACUCACGAUGCUGUUUUUGUGGAUGAUGAAAGGCUAUUAGUCCUUGUCCGACGAGCACCAGGCAAGGAAAAAGGUCUUGUCAUGGUCAAUGGCUCCAAAGUUGCCGUGGAUGUCGAAGAACUGCCUGACAGUGAGAUCAAGUCUCUGACGAAGAGGAAACGAGUCAAACCAACACGAAUACCUCUUGAUCAACCCCCCGUUGUCGGUGUCAUCCGAAGGCGGCGAGCCGAGUGGGAGGCCAAUUCUGGAGAAAGUGGGGGUGAUUCCGCCACUGUGAGUGGGUGGGCGACUGCCCCACGACUAUCAAGCCCUCUCACCCGGUUCUUUACCUAUGCCGUUGAUCAAGCCUCUGCAACAACCCAACAAGCUGUCGCUGCAAUCACACCGGCGAGUAGCACAAGCGAAGAGGCGAUUCCUUCCUCGUCUAAACUGCCGAUGCAAUACGCGCUUGAAGCUCUGGCUUGGACUCAACGAGCACAUUCCCACGGGUCGUCAGAUGGUUGGACAUCCUUGAACGAUAAAACAAUGGCCAUUCGACGAAAGCUCUAUCCAGAAAUUUCACCCGUCAUCCAUGUGCACAAGGGUGAAAAGAUCAUUCAAGGAGUGUCCGCCGAGGAGCUUGUCGCUAUCGUGACCGAAUAUAACUGCCGCAAAAAGUGGGACGAGCGAUUCGACUCCGCAACCAUCCUUGAGUCAUAUGGGGCUCAGUGUCAAACUGCAUUCGUUGUGGCAAAGGCGGGCUUUCCGUUUCGUGACCGCGGGUUCUACUUGUCCUCAGUGCUCGCUCGAGCGCAUUUACCGUCUUCUAGAAGACCAAAUGGCGAGGUAGCAGAACAAUCGAAUGGUGGUCGAAACGCUAUUUUCUAUGUCUCUGCUUCUUUUAGCCCAGAGUCCGCCGCUUCUUUCUCGUGUAGCAAGUACAAUCCAUCAGCACUACCCAUUGGCCGCGUUUUUGUUGACGCGUGGAUAUUGGAAACCCUUGAUCCAUAUACCAAGGAGAACUACGCCAUUCCUUCAACCAAGUGCACAUACAUGAUCGCCAUGGACUAUGCUGGGUCAAUUCCUGCUGCCUUCAACUCGAUGAUUAACGCUGCCGCCCCCAGAGCUGUUGUCGCUCUUGAGACGUAUUUCAAGAGCAUCUCAUCUCUCCCUAUCACACGUCUUCCCCCAGCUGGUCUCGUGAUCUCUGACAAAGAUGUUCAUGAACCGUUUGCAGUCACAUCCUAUAAAGUCCGCCGACGAGAUGAGCAGCGGUUAUUGGUACACACAAAAUACCUGCCAGAAGACCGCGUAUAUCGAAGCACGAUUUUACUAAACUUCCCGCCACCGACUGUGAUUGCGUCUCCUUCGCUUCGCAGCUCAGAUCAAACUCCCCGACCCAGUCGAUUAACACUCAGUCCAGGGCGACCGGAGGGACUUCCUUCGUCUUCAAACGACAACUCCAUGUCAUCGAAUCAUGUUAGUGGGCUUCCUUCGUCUCCAAGUAAUAAUGCAGGAUUGCAACUUCCAUCUCGGUCACGUGCUGCAUCAGCUUCUAGUGGUUCAGUUCAAUCAGCGAGAGGGGAUGCUGGACGACAACGUACGGAGUCGUCGAGCAGUGCGAUACGUCAGCGAACUGAUUCAGCAACUUCUGCCUCCGCCGCGAUUCGUGAACUACGCGGCCGGACAUCAUCAGCUUUCACCGUGAAAGGCGAAGUGCGACCUCCAACAGAUUUGCUUGUCGCAGAGCUUGUUAUAGACUCGAAACUAUAUCCCCAAGGAUAUAAUAUAGCCCUCCAGAGUCGACUGCGAGCUGAUGUCGCGGUUGGUCCUAGAACACAGUACAUUCCGCUUUGCAGUGAAGGCGGGAGUGUCGAUGUUUUACCACUUGCAACAACCAUUCACACAAUGCCCUCAUCGCCAAUGCAUUCGUCUGGACUAACUGCGGAUAAACCUACACGACAUCUAGUGAGGCUGUCUUUACCAACAGCCCAGUUCCAAGUUUCCACCGUUCGCGAUCCAUUAACUGAUGAAUUGCGGACUGCGCCACCAAAACCGCCCUGGCUAUUGGCUCUCGAGGAGGGUGGCGCUGUUGUCGAGAUUAAGGUUGCGCCAGGUCAAAGCAAUGGUGUUGUUUUGGUUGACGACAGAGAACUCACUGUUGUGAACGAAAAGGAAGCGCUAACGACCUUGGGUCGCGAUGAGCUCCUCGAUGACCGAAUAUCGAAGAUGGGUGUGCUUUUACGAACUAUGAAUGAGGCUGAAAUACUCUCAGAACAGCUUAGAUCACCAGUUGCGGUGGCGGAUGGGCUUCUGGAAGUCAAGAAUCUGCCGACAGUGACGGGCGACAAAGAGAAUUCGAAGGAAGACAGCAAUAUCGCCGAGGAUGGUCAAGACCUUGCUGGCACGCCACUGCCCGAUGCUCCGAAUAAUUCGCCAGUUGUUCAACCAGUGACCCCAAGUGGAAUUCUUGGGUUCAUGGCACGGUUUGCAUCACAAGGACCAAAUUCAGUCACUGUGACAGGGAGUGGGAAUAUUAGUAGUGGACCGAACACCUCACGGAAACUGCCUGGUGGUUUGGGAGAUAUUGACGCGCCUCAUGAAGCAGGGACGACGGGAGGCAUGUACCCAUUGUCAACACUGUUGGUGGUUGCAGUCAUCGCGUUUCUGAUUGGCUCGUUGUUCCGCUCACUGCUCAGUCCUGCUGACUUCGUUUAUGUCGGUGGGGAGGCAGAGGGCAAGGAUGGAUGGAGAGAAAUUCGACGACUGGUAGAAAUUAAGCAUAUAGCCUGGGGUUACGAUGUGCAUAUAGCGCUUGUGAGAAGGCAUUAG